AUGGCCGCUGCCAUUGAGCUCACGUCAGGUCAAGACCAUACCUUGACGAUGGCUUCACGCCACGAUACAUCAAAGAUCGAGAAAUCUCUGUGCAAGGUAUCAGAGAUGGAUAAAUCUCUGCGCGAACUGGGCGAGAUAUGGGAGAUGGAGAAUUCUCAUGGCGAACCGGGCAAGAUAUCAGAGAUGGAGAAAUCUCUAGCCGCGCUUUUGUCCCACCAAAUCCAACUGGUCCAUUUGAAGAAAUUAAUAUGGGACGAGCUUUGCUUCAGUAGGGCUGGCAGUUGCAAACAUGGGACCGUUCAUCCUUACCCAAGGGGGGGUCAAGAUAGAUCUGUGUUUUUAAUGGUAACUUUCGAUGGGGGCAAAUACACCGGUGCCAUAUAUGAAGUUAAAUUCAAAUUCGGAGGGGAAGUGGAUGAUAUGGGCGGAGGAGGAGCACCUAAACCUGUAGCCACAUUCAGUGAUUUUAACGUUCGGGGUGCAAGGAUUUUUGACCGCUCCGAACUAUAUGUAUUUACAGACGAGGAUUGGGAUAAACCUGACCUUAGUUCAUUUAGAGGGUCUAUCUUUAAUACGAAAACUAGGAAAUUAGAUUCCUUCACACCUUCUACCGUACAGUUUAAGCCGCGUGGAACAGUUGUGUCGGCAUAUGGCACACUUUAUUUCUUGAAGCCAAGGGACGAAGUAACUGGUUAUGCCGUUUGUUACGGCCUUAUUUUGUAUACAUUGUGUGACAGACACCGAAAAUUGGAUGUCGUUGCUUUUCACGUGGGGACAAAGAAUUGGAAACGAGUGCAAACUAACACUUAUAUUCCUUUCCGAGGGAGGGCCGUGGUUGUAGGCGAGACUAUCUAUGCCUUAAAUAUGCUUAAGGUGGAUGAGAUUAUAGCAUACUCCUUGGAGAGGAAGGUAAAUGAUGACGGUGAUAUUGCAUAUUCACUAGUGCAACUGUAUAAAUUGAACGGCCUUGAGAUUGCUGAUCCCCCAUUGCAAUUUGGUGAAUUUGUGACUGACUAUUUGGUUCAUCUGGGGAAUCAAGACUUAGUUCAUGUUAAGACUGGCACUAACGAAGAAUGUGAUGAGGUUCAACAUCUUUGUAUCACCACGUUUCAAAUUAUCCAAGAAGGAACAAGACAUAUGAUCGAGACCUUACAUUCAAUUGUUCUUCCUGUGGAUAUCGAGGCCGGUAAUUGGUUCAUGCUUACGUUCGGCUUUACUCCAGAGUGCGAGGAUUAUGAACCCGUAGAAAGGGAGAGUGCAACUAGCAUGAAGCAGCCAAAACAAGAAGAUGAAAUCACUUUGGAUGAGAGUUCUUUUAUGUGGGAGGAAGAAGCCAAGCAGGAAAUAACUGCUAGACAGCCAGAAAAAGCCUCCAUUCAACAGGAAAAAGCCAACCAGACAAAAAAGACAAAAGAAAAAUCUUUUGGAAGGAGGCAUUACAGGUAG